AUGGCACGUUCAGUGUGUGUUCUGCUUGGCUCCUUGCUCCUACAGGACGUGUCUUCAUCCGUUGUUUCGAAGAGGGCGUUCACCCCAACGGUAAAAAGUGCUACUUUAGUAGGAAACGUCGCUGAUCCGGCCAUUAACCGCGAUUCGUGCGGCUCAUCCCGGUUCGGUGACCGGGUUUUCUGGACGUGCCGGGACAGCCAGCCCUACGAUAGCAACGGCGCUCCGAUCCUGCCGCUAUGGUCAUCCUCGGCGAGCUGGUCCAAUAUCAACGCCGAUGGAACUCCUGACCUUCUGCAGUACGGCGGUGGUGGCAGCCGGGAUCCGUAUUUCCCCUAUACGGACAAUGAAUGCAACACUAAUAGUGCAGGCUCGUGCCCUGAUGGUUCUCGUUAUGCGCUCUGGCCGGAUAGUCCCCCUUUGGUGACGUCUACGGACGGCAAUGUCGUUACUGCUUACACAUGGAUUCGUAAAUCGCAUAUUUUCCCAGAGCAGGGUCCUUCCACUACGAACAGCACAGUAACACUCGUCAACUUUAGCUUCAGCACGCCUGACCCGGACCCGGCGACUUCGCUCUAUAAGAUGACAUACAACCUGGAUAAUCCGGACCGAGAUGCCCUACCCACAGUCAGUCUUGUGGAUGAGAACUUUUGGCUGUAUGGAGGCAUUCCCUAUGGUGCUUACGGUAGUGUGAUCAAAGACGGCACUGCGUAUCUGUUUGGUAAGCCAUCAAAUGGCAUCGUUGCUUUGGCAAAGGUGGCCGCAAGCUCCAUCGAGGAUAAGUCUCAGUAUCAAUAUUGGGUCAACGACGCGUGGACCUCAAGCUUGCCUGGCCUGAACGACACGAAUGUCAACAUUCCCAACGUGAGUGCUGGUGGACAGGGAACCUACUAUUUCUCUGACUUCUGGAACAAGUGGGUGUGGAUUGGCCAGGCCGGUAUCAGCGUCUCAGCUGAUUACUUCAUCACCACAGCCGACUCCAUCACGGGACCGUGGGAGAGCUCAGUCAACUUCUACUCAGGGGAGACUGGCACCUAUCCCCUCGGAGCCUACACUCUCCAGGCUCAUCCGGGACUUAACCCGGGCGGUAGCACCGCGACUAACGAGAUUUACAUCUCACACACGAAGAACGAUGCAUAUGCUGAUACCGCCUUGUACUCUACGCCACUGAUCCAUAUUGAAUGGAAUUAGGGAAGCGGCCUGACGCUGAAGUAAUGCGUUUAGUUUGCGCCAACGUCACCUCAAUGCAUCACCUUGUCGCGCGCCAUUGCCUCGCCCGUUGGCUGAUUGCAAUUCCGUCGACAGAGGAGAGCGGCACACUUGCUUGCCUCACAACUACAUCCGCUUUGGACAACUUUUUGGACAAUUGCAUAUAUAUUACAGGCAUACACAUAUACUGAGGUAUCCAUCUACAUCGUCACAUACACAUUAGCAUAUAUCUGUAUAUACUCUCAUUCUGCCACUAUCUACCCUCUAACAAUGUAUGG